GGGCAGAGGGGGUUUCCUUUUGAUGGUCUGUGGAACGGCGCGGUCUGUUCUGAUUGGACAGUGCUUCCCCCUGGGGAUAAAAACUGCCGGAGCCGGGCGCGCGAAGGGAAAGAAAGGCCGGCGUUAGGUGGAUCUGCCCGGGCAAAGGACUUGGAAUCGGAGCCAUGAACUGCCUGAUGAUGCCGGGAGUGCAGCCGGGGUCGCCCCUCAAGGCCCGCGGCCAGAUACAGGUCAUCUUUGGACCCAUGUUCUCCGGGAAAAGCACUGAACUCAUGCGCCGGGUCCGUCGGUUCCAAAUUGCACAGUACAAAUGUCUGGUGAUCAAGUAUUCCAAGGACACACGCUACUGUGUCAAUGGCGUCUCCACACAUGACAGGAAUACCAUGGAAGCCUAUUCAGCUUGUUGUCUCAAAGAUGUGCAUCAAGAGGCCGUUAACGCUGCUGUGAUUGGCAUCGAUGAAGGCCAGUUUUUUCCAGACAUUGUAGAGUUCUGCGAGGCAAUGGCCAAUGCAGGGAAGACUGUCAUUGUGGCCGCCCUUGAUGCAACCUUCCAGAGAAAGGCCUUUGGCAACAUCUUGCAGCUGGUCCCUUUAGCAGAGAGUGUGGUGAAACUAAACGCCGUCUGCAUGGAGUGUUACCGUGAAGCCUCUUACACAAAGAGGCUGGGGACAGAGAAGGAGGUGGAAGUGAUCGGAGGAGCAGACAAGUACCAUUCAGUCUGCCGGGUCUGCUACUUCAAGAAACGGACGCAGCAGCAGGCGACUGACGACAAAGAGAAUCUACCGGGAGGAAAUAAGCAGCUAGAUAUCGCUGGUUCCCGAAAGGCUUUGGCUGCUCGUCAAAUCAUGCAGUGGAGCCCAUCACACUGAACUAGGAAAGCGACAGCCCUUUUCUUCA